AUGAACCUCGUUUCAAUAACUGCCAUCAAUAUUAUGUCGGCCGAAAUCAAUGAUCCGCACAAAGUAACUGGAGAAGUCAGCAUCGAUGUUGCUUGGAGCGAAGAGCGGCGGCCCAUGGACACUCUUUCGAGCGACGUGCUGCUCGCGAUUGUUCACAAGCUGGCAGCCCAGGACCCGCUCGCCCUGCUGACUGCGACCUGUGCCUGCAAAGAUUUCCUCAGCGUGACUGAGGACAACUCGUGGGUCUGGAAGAAGAUCUUCUACAGCUCAAGACCGCCCAGCCAGCCCGCGCGCGGGUUCCGGGCGUUUCCUCCGCGGCCGCGGGCCCGGCCGAGAACGCUUCCGUCGGAAGCGCGAUCCGAGCGGGCGGCGGCCACCGCUGCGGCGCGCGAAGAGCAAGUCCCAGACUCCCAGGCUAGGGCUAGACUAAUUAGAGGGGGAAAAUGUUGGGCGGAUAGUAGAGCUGCCGCCAUGGACACUAUUCCGAACGACGUGCUGCUUACGAUUGUUCACAAGCUGGCAGCCCAGGACCCGCUCGCGCUGCUCACUGCCACCUGCGCCCGCGUGACCGACGAAAAUGAGGAGGUCUGGAGAAACAUCUUUUACGGCUCAGAUGUGGACAUAAAUUUUGGAGAGAAUUCAGCAGAUUGGAGAGGAGAAACGGAGUCUUGA